AUGGCGGAGCCGCGCCGGGUGCCGUUCAUUAGCCUGUCACCCGUGAGGCGCCGCGAGGGCGAGAGCCCGGCGCUGGAGCGGGAGCCGGGGGGCCGCGAGCCGGAGCCGCCGCCGGCGGGCCGCGAGGCGCCGCUGUUGGCGCCGCCGGAGCCGCCGCACGAGCUCUCUCGGCCGGAGCCGCCGCCACCGUCCCGCGAGAGCGCCGCCCGCCUGGAGCCGCCCCGCGAGACCGGCCGGCCCGAGCAGCAGCCGCAGCGGGACCCCCCCCGGCCCGAGCCGCCGCCGCUGCCGCCGCCGCAGCUACCGCCGCCGCCGCGCCAGAGCAGCCGGCAGGAGCCGUCGCCGCCGCAGGAGGCGCUCCCGCUUCGCCAGACGGUCCGCCUGGAGGUGGUGCUGAAGGACCCCACGGAGGAGGGCUGCGUGGAGUUCAGCUACCCGGAGCUGCUGCUGUGCGGGGACUCAGGGAAGAAAUCGGUUCACUUGGAAGAUCCAUUUAAUGAUGAACAACGGGAGCGGCAUGAAGUAGAAAUGCUAGCCAAGAAGUUCGAGGCAAAAUAUGGUGGAAAGCCCCACAAACAUCGGAAGGAUCGCCUGCAGGAUCUAAUUGAUAUAGGUUAUGGUUAUGACGAAACAGACCCUUUCAUUGAUAAUUCUGAAGCGUAUGACGAAUUGGUUCCUGCAUCCCUGACAACCAAAUAUGGAGGGUUUUACAUCAACACUGGUACACUGCAGUUCCGCCAGGCAUCUGACUCAGAGGAUGAAGACUUUGCAGAAGACAAAAAGCAUAGGCCACCUAAAGUGACAAAGUUAAAAGAAAGUGAAGAUCGUGGAAUGAAGAAGCGCAAGCGUAAAGAUGAAGGGACAGAAAAGGAGAAGAAGCCUCGGAAGAUGAAAGUUCCUAAGCAGUUGGGAGUAAUGGCCUUAAAUUCACACAAGUCUGAAAAGAAGAAAAAGAAAUUAUAUAAAGACUCACUCUCUCUGGCUGCCAUGAUCCGUAAAUUUCAAAAGGAGAAGGAAGCCAUGAGGAAGAAGGAAUCUAGUCCAAAACCUCCAGUGACUGUUGCAACCUCUACCCCUAGUAAAAUUCCUUCCUCCUCUCUCAGUGCAGGAAACGAUAUCUCUGACUUGAAUCUUAGGAUCAAUGAUCCUGUCCUCUCCAUUUUUGGUAGCACAAAUGAACGUGAGCUCCUGCAAGAAGCUGAAAGUGCCCUGGAGAUGCUGGGAGACAUUGACUUUGACAAGUUGCUUGAUGGCACUUCUGAUGGCAGCCCAGUAUCUGAGCUGUCAGGAGAAAAUGGAAAUGUCACUCAUUCAACCUACACCUCUCAGGUCAUGACACCCAAGCAGGUGCCUGCCCUCCCAGAGGGUCUGCCUAUGCUACUUGAAAAGCGCAUUGGAGACCUUCGAACAGCCGCCAAGAUGUUUGAUGAAGAAGGCAGGAAGAAGUUUUUCACGCAAGACAUGAAUAAUAUUCUUCUGGAUAUUGAGCUACAGUUACAGGAGAUAAAUCCUGCCAUCCGCAAUGGAGUGUACUCUCACCUUGAGGCUUUUGUGCCAUGCAAUAAGGACACACUGAUAAAGCGUCUGAAGAAGUUACACCUCAAUGUCCAGGAUGACCGCUUGAGAGAACCACUGCAGAAGCUGAAACUGGCUGUCAGUAAUGUCAUGCCUGAACAGUUAUGCAAGUAUCAAGAGGACUGUCAGGCCCGCAAUCAAGCCAAGAAUGCCAAGUUGCAAGCGGAAGAUGAAAGAGAGAAAAAUGGAUCGGAGGAAGAUGAUGAUGAGAAACCUGGAAAGAGGGUUGUGGGACCCAGAAAGAAGUUUCAUUGGGAUGAUACAGUGAGGUCUCUGUUGUGUAAUCUUGUCAAGAUCAAGCUGGGAUGCUAUGAGCUAGAGCCAAAUAGAAGCCAGUCUGCUGAAGAUUACCUCAAAACCUUUAUGGAAACAGAAGUGAAACCACUUUGGCCUAAAGGCUGGAUGCAGGCAAGGAUGCUUUUUAAAGAAAGCCGAAGUGUUCACAAUCACCUCACUUCUGCUCCGGCAAAGAAGAAGGUGAUUCUGGCCCCUAAACCCAAAGUGAAGAAAGGCUAUUAAACCUGUCUUUUAUCUCUUCAUUCUCAGGACUCCAGUCCAAAGAAAGAACAGAAAACCUGUAUGUCUUCAGUCAAUUCAAGUUGUGCUACUGUACUGAGUUCCAGCACACCUGUCUGUACCCCAGCCAGCUCUAGCUGCACACCAGCUCCAGAGACGAUCUGCUUGGAUGACUCACUGGAUGAAGACCUAUCUUUCCACCCACCCUCACUGGACUCUAUUUCUGAUGCUCUGGCAGUUAUCAAUAAUGGUGCCAAGGGAUCACCUCUUGGAUCCACCAUAGACACACCAACAUCCAGACCUCGCCCUGGACUGAGGGAAGAGAAACUAGCAAGCAUUAUGAGUAAGUUGCCCCUGGCAACUUCAAAGAAAGUAGAGCCCACUCAAACACCCCAUUCAUCAAGUCUUAUUGCUGGUCACACAGGGCCAGUACCAAAGAAACCCCAGGACCUAGUUCACACUGGUAUCUCUUCAGGCCUUAUUGCUGGAUCUUCUAUUCAAAAUCCUAAGGUUUCCUUAGAGCCUUUGCCAGCCAAACUACUUCAGCAAGGACUACAGAGGUCAAGCCAGAUCCAAGCUGCUUCCUCCUCUUCGCAGACUCAUGUUUCUUCCUCUAAGACCCAAGCAGCUAUUUCCACCUCCUCUCAAAGAAGCAAGGAUGCUAAUAUCUUGGUAUCAUCUUCUGAGGCUCAAGGUGGUUCUUCCUCAACAUCACAAGUGACAAAGGUGCACCAGCAUUCAGCUGUACAGCAGAAAUAUGUAUCUCCUUUACAAGCAACUAUUAGUAAAUCACAGACCAAUCCAGUGGUGAAAUUGAGUAGUAAUCCCAAACUGUCUUGCUCAUCACCAGUCAUCAAGGCUCAAGAUAAGUCUGUAGUAUAUCGCCUGCCUUUGUCUAAUCCCUCAUCUGGAAGUGGCUCUCAAGUGUCUCACCCACUGGUUUCUCGGACAACAUCCAGCACCUCUACCUCUAGUAACUAUUUAGCCAAGGCUAUGGUGUCACAAGUUUCUUCCCAGGGUUUCAAGCCUCCCUUCUCCAUGGCUGCCUCUCCCAAACCUGCUGCCUCUCCCAAGCCCACUGCAUCUAAGCCCUCUGUGACACCCAAGCCCAAUGCAUCACCUAAAUUUUCAUCCAAGUCCACCUCAUCCCCCAGGCCUGCAACAACACCCAGUUCUUCCAGUUCAAGUGCACUAGUUUCCCAGAGUAGUCACUCCAGCAACAACCCCCUUCAUAAACAGACCAGUGGUGUAAAUAUCAGCAGGCAGUCUCCCACAAUGAAUUUGCUGCCCUCUAAUCGCACCUCAGGCCUUCAGCCUGCAAAGAACCCUCAGGCUUCUUCAAAAUUGCCCAACUCUUCUCCUUCUGGAACUGUUGGUAAAAAUAAUUUGGGUGGAGUUGGAAUGAAUGUACCUGCCAGCAGAGGCAGUAACCUUAACUCAAGUGGAGCUAGUAGGACUAGUCUGUCUGGGGGAGCAGGAAGUGGAACACAGGGUGCUACUAAACAAUUAUCAACUCCACACAGACCAUCUUCUGCCUCAGGGUCUCCAGUUGUAGCAGCCAGUGUGCAGUCAACAGCAGGAGCAUCAUUACUGGCUAACGCCUCACCUCUGACUCUCAUGGCAUCACCCCUGUCUGUAACCAGUCAGAACGUGACGUCUGCACCAUUAACUCCUUUUGGGAUGCUGGGUGGCCUUGUUCCUGUGACCGUGCCCUUCCAGUUUCCCUUGGAGCUGCUUGGCUUUGGGACGGACACAGCUGGAGUGACAACCACCUCGGGAUCUACCUCAGCGGCUUUCCACCACAGCCUAACUCAGAACUUACUGAAGGGUUUACAGCCAGGUGCUCAGCAUGCAGCAACACUGUCUCACUCACCUCUGCCUGCUCACUUGCAGCAAGCUUACACAGAUGGAGGCCAAAGUAAAGGGGACACUAAGUUACAGCGGAAAAACCAGUGACUUCUGGACAAGCAAGGGAGCUGAAGCAGUUCUGGUUGGCUGACAGAAUCUGCCCAGUUGGGAAAGUGCUUAUUGUCACAGGGCUGCUGUUUCUGUCGAUGUUUACAUAUUCUGAUCCCAAGCACUGUGGUGAGAGGAAGAAGAAAAAGAAAACAAUACUUGAUCAAAGAGAGAAGGAAAAGGAGGACUGGUCCUCCUGGUCAUGCAGACUGGUCACAGUUUGAUCUUGCCUAAAGAAAUAAGCUUUUUUAUCUGCUCUGAUUGGCUUUUAAAAGAAAUUGAUCGUCAAACCCACAGCAGCACAAACAUUUUUUUUUCUGGGUGAUGUCCAAUGAAGAGCUGAAAGCGUGAGAAGAGUUAGAACAGGUUUCUCCAUCCAUUGUGUAAGGUGGAAUCAUCCACUUCAUUAGUGCCCAAAGUGCCCGGUGUAAGAUUAUGUGUAGGUCCAGAGUGUACUCUAUGGUUGUGGACCAAAGGUUAUGUAGAGGUGGUGCUGGGAUACUUUGCAUUAUAAUUAAACCCUUACACAAAUGCAGUUUCUGAUAUGGGCAUUUUUCUAGCUUUCAAGGCUGUUUGGCUUUAGGGAGUCUACAGAUGUAUGCAGUUUUUCAUUAGAGAGUUGUCUUCAAAAACAGAUCUCCUGGUACAUUGAGAUGUGAGACACAGACUACUGG